UCUCCGAGUGCAGGAUAUCGUGGUGGCAUGCUCAACUCGUCUUGAUUUCAUUCAUCUUAACGACUGUUAACAUUUGGAACGUUUUGAAUAGCUUUUUUAAUAGCAUAUUCUCUUAUUAAGGCAUGGUGUGCGCCUGGCUAGGGCUAUUCCCAUAGAAUAUAAUCCAUUCUAUGUCUAUGGCUAUUCAAACAGGGAGAGCCCUGCCAGCGAUAGUCAAAUUGUUUGCUGAGCUGAGACGAAAAUGUAGGAUGUGUCCCAGGGUUGAACGGUUUUGGUUAUGGCUAAACGGAUGCUAUUGCUCUACUAUGCUUAAACGCGCCUUCUGGCGUUUAAUUAUACUCCCCAUACAUGCUUGGAGAUUGAUCAUCCAAAAUUGUCCUCCUGAUCAUCCAGGACUCAUCCAGGACACCAACGAGUACUACUGCGAGUACGACUCAACAUGGGAGGAUCCAACAAGUGAAGAAACAAGUCGUAAGAGAACCAACAAUUACACCAUUCAGUCAACAAGGCAACGAGAUGAUAGGCGUAUGCCUAAUUUACAGUUCUACCUUGGACAGAGGGCCUCCUCCCCUGAUGGUAUCUACAUUGAGGACUUUCACAAUAACUGGUAUGGGGAUUAUUCAAAACUGGAAAGAGUUCACUCAUACAUCCAAUGGUUGUUCCCUCUUCAAGAACGAGGAAUGAAUUAUCAAGCCAAAGAACUCACCAAGAAGGAAAUUGAGGCUUUCCUUCAAGAUGAAACUGCGAAGAAGAGGCUGGUCAAGUCCUACAAACUCAUGCUGGACUUCUACGGCAUCCAGCUGUCAAAUGACACAACAGGGGAAGUGCGACGGGCAAAUAACUGGCAUAAGAGAUUUGACAACCUGGACAGAAACACACACAACAACCUGCGCAUCACCCGCAUCCUGAAGUGCCUGGGCACUCUGGGGUUCCCCCACUACCAGGCCCCACUCGUCCGCUUCUUCCUGGAGGAAACUGUCAAAGGCAAGCUGUACAAUGUGAAGGAGAGCGUGCUCAACUACUUCAUCUUUGCUGUCAUUGAUAAGCAAGAGCGCAGGGAUCUAGUUGAGUAUGCCUACAAGCACUAUGAGCCCAAACAUGAGUUUGUGUGGUGCCCCAAGAAGAUCCAGAUGACUUUCUCAAAUGGAGAAGAAUUCUCAGAUAAUAGGCAAACAAUGGCAGGCCAUUAUCAGCAUGGUAACUACUGAGAUGACAGAGAUGUCAGUGACGACCUAUCUAUUCCUCGCAAUGCUAUUGUUAGCACAGCUGAUUCCUUUCGGCACCCUGUUCCAAGAUUGGUUUCCCCCAAAAAUGAUGAUUUGGCCCCUGAGCGUGCAUCAAUUAGGCAUUAUGAAGAUGUUCCAAAGUAUGUAGCUACUCGCUCUACAGGGCACUCACAUACUGCCCAAGGUAAUGUAAAGACUCGGUCCCCCACCAAAGAUGUUUUAAAUAAUCACGGAAAUGAGAAAAUAGAGAGUGCACCCACUAAAGAUUCAGAAGGCAAGAACAAUUCAGUGAAAGAGCGAGCCACUUAAUAAAGAGGUUUCACUGAGUCAGUUAAAGACCGAAUGCUCAGCAAUUGAGCAAUCUACUCAACAGGUAUCCCAGAGGCCGGAUAAGACCACUGAGGGUCCAGCCAUAGACCUAUGUCCUAAAGACCCAUCCCGGAGCCAGGUUCAGACCACUGAGGGUCCAGCCAUAGAGCUAUCUCCUCAUAAGGUACCCCAGAGCAAGGUUAAUAAAGCCAGAACCAGAGAUGCACCAAAGAGCUGCCGCGCCAAAAAGCCUAGAAUUGGGGAAAUUACCAAAACAGUUUCGGAGAGCACCAGUAAAACAAAUAAGAAUCCUCCUACCAGAGAAAAGCAAUAGUAUCUGAACAUUAAAUAGGUGUUUAAUGUAACAGUGGAGAUAUGAAUAAGAUGAGUGUAUUCAUCCAAAUAGGUAGAUUGUGAAGCAACCAGAAACCAGAGGGCAUAAAAGCAAAGGGGAAGGGGAAGAUUUUGAUAUUUUAAUAAAGUAUAAUGAAAUUAUAAUUGACUUAUGUAUACGUAGUAUCAGUGGUGUAUAGUACUUAAGUAAAAAGCAUUUUAAGGCUGAGGCCAUCCUUCGUAGGACCAUCGUUAAAUCUCAGAGCUAUUUCCCAAAACCAUUGUUAUUAAUUAAUGUUGCACUUGAAAACGGUUGUAAUCUAACGUCUGCCUGAGACCACCCGUAUAACAGCUAACGUUAAGUGCGUCGCUAGAUGCUUUUUUGCCCUCCCGCGUCACUUUAUACAGAGAUCUCCACUAAACAUAGAAACAAAUGGUUUAUCCGUCAAUUUCAGAACAAAGUUGACUACAAAUACGUUGUCAAUGUUUUUGCAAUUAACACACAAGCAACGUAUAAAAAGAGCGCUGCCUUUCUUUCGAUCCUAUCAGUAUCGACACAUGCUCCAAAGACCACUAGCGAACGUUCUUUCUGCAAACGUUCUUACUGCAUGGGGUUUUGGGAAACGCGUGAUGCAUCAUUGUCCGAUGUAGGGCAAGAUACAUCAUUAAAACAUUAAAACACCUAAAUUCCAUCGCUAUCGGGAAACCAGGCCCUGGUCAGUCACUGUUUUUAAUGAUCAUUCUUGCUUGCCUUUUUGGAGGGUAACUUCACCACUUUUCAACCUCAUUUUCAUUAUCUCCACCACAAUACCA